CAGUCCAUUUUAUCAAAUUUCUCAAGGGGGCAGUGCAUCAACCUCUCCAAGUAAACAAAGGCAAAACUACGAGGAUUUUCAGCGAUCGGCAAUUCUGAAACUUGGAGAACUGUUAAAGAUAAUUGUCCCUCCAGACAAGGGCACCCGCACCCGCAGAAGGAAAUAAUAUCGGACUCAAUGUAUCGGACAGUACUCUUCUCGGAGACAACGAACCAAAUAGGUAAUCGGUGUGACCCCAUACAAGUAACUUUAACAAUUUAUUUAAUGAGUUAGAGUCUUCUAAAGGCUUACGAUUAGCGUGCUUGAACAUUAACAGCCUGUUGAAAAACAUUGAUCAGCUUCGCUUGAUCAUGCAAAACAUGCCAGCUGAUAUUCUUGCUAUAAACGAGACAAAAUUAAACCAUUUGGUGCCUGACAGUGAAAUAGCAAUCGCUAAUUACUUUCACAUUCGCCAUGACCGAUCUAGAUCUGGUGGGGGAGUACUAUUGUAUGUUCGUGACUCUAUACCGUUUUCUGAACGAAAUGACUUAGUACCUGACUCACUAGAAAUGAUAUGCAUUGAAAUUAGUAAACCUCGCAAUAAGUCAUUUUUAGUAAGCACUUGGUAUAGAGCUCCUAACUCGCAAUCUGCUCUUUUUGAUGAAUAUGAGGCUUUUUUAAGAAAUAGCGAUAUAGAAAAUAGAGAGGUUAUAAUUAUGGGUGAUUUGAACUGUGAUAUCUUGAAAUCUCCUUGUGAGUCUCAUACUCGCAAGCUACAGUUCCUUUCAUCACUUUAUCAGUUCGAUCAGCUUAUUGAUGAACCCACAAGGAUUACUGGAACAUCAGCAACUCUAAUUGAUCUAAUUCUGACAAAUAAAGAGGAAAAUAUUUCAAAGUCUGGUGUCAUACACCUUGGACUUUCUGAUCACAGUAUGAUUUUCGCUAUUAGAAAACAUUGUAUUCCCAAAUCACGGGAAAAGGUUAAACAUAUUCGUAACUUUAAAAAUUUCAAUGCCAAUGAUUUUCUUACGGAUCUUUCACAGAUGCCGUGGGAGAACAUUGCCCAACAUGACAAUUCUAAUGUAUGCUGGCAGGUAUGGAAAUCACUAUACCUCCAGGUCCUUGAUCGACACGCUCCCCUUAGACGUAUGAGAACUCGUGGAAAUUCUCUCCCUUGGAUUUCUUCAGACAUCAAGGGUAUAAUGAGAUCAAGAGACUUCCACAAAAUAAAAGCGGUUAGAUAUAAUUCUCAAAGUCAUUGGACAAAAUAUAAGGAAUUACGAAACAAAGUUAAUGCUGAACUAAUUAAAGCUAAAAGAAACUAUUUCUGCAAUAAAAUAGAAGAUUGUGCUCAGUCCAAAGACAUAAAGCAAAGCUGGAAUUUAAUUAACCACCUCAUGGGUAAAAUGUGAAAUCAAACACGAUAUCCCAACUUAAAACGGAUAAUUCUGUCAUUUCAGACGAUAAAUUAAAAUCUGAGGCUUUUAAUGAUUUCUUUGUCAAUAUCGGGGCAAAACUUGCAGCUGAAAUUGAAGAUAAUUCCCUCAACACAAAUUCUUUUGCUCGCGGAGAUUCUAGGCCUACUACCGACUCCAAUCUUUUUUUCAAAUUUUCUGAAAUUAACGAGGACGAAGUAAUAUAUCAAUUGCGUAGUCUCAAAAUUUCAAGAUCCACAGGAUUAGAUAACAUCCCUGCUAAAGCUCUUAAAAUAUCCGCGGACAUUGUUGGUCCGCCAUUAACUUGGAUAUUUAACCUUUCGAUCAAAAAAGGAGAAUAUGUGGAUGAAUGGAAAAAAGCCUGGGUUACACCUAUUUAUAAAUCUGAUGACAGGUUGAAAUGCGAGAAUUAUCGCCCUAUCUCGAUACUACCCAUUGUUAGUAAAAUACUUGAGAGAUGCGUUUUUAAUCAAAUUUAUAAAUUUCUUAAUGACAAUUCACUUCUUUCAAAACAUCAACAUGGUUUUCGGCUUAAACAUUCAACUCUCACCGCUCUAACUCAGGCGUGCGAUACACUUUAUGAAAAUAUGGAUAAUGGUCAAUUGAGCGGCAUUGUUUUUCUUGACAUUCGUAAAGCCUUCGACUCAAUUGAUCAUAAUAUUCUGCUUCAUAAAUUAAAAGAUCAAUUCGGUAUAUCGGAUAUUGAGUUAAGAUGGUUUGAGUCUUACUUAAAUAAUAGGGAGCAAGUCUGUAUUGUUAUUAAUUCAAUGUCAUUGUCAAAACGGAUUGUUUCUGGGGUUCCGCAGGGAUCUAUUUCAAGUCCACUGUUAUUUUUACUCUAUAUCAAUGACCUCCCCGAAUGUCUUCAAAAAAAUACUCCUUAUUUAUAUGCUGACGAUACCCAAAUUUGCUGCAGCUGUAACAGUUUGAUUGAAUUAACCGAAAACCUUAAUCACGAUCUGAGUAGAAUCGGUGAUUGGCUUUCUAGAAAUAAAUUACAACACCACCCAACUGAGACCAAAAUAAUGUUCAUUGGCUCUAAACAUCAUAUUAAUUCCACAACUUUUGAUCAUCCAGUGAUGUUAAAUAACCAACGCAUCCUCAGAGUUCAAUCUUUCACAUGUCUUGGUCUCGAUUUAGAUGAAAAUCUUAACUGGAAUUCACAUAUUCAGGCGAUUUGCAAAAAGGUUGGAGCAGGCCUGGGUACUUUGAGACGUAUUAAACCCUUUGUUCCGAUAACCACCCUUCAAACAAUUUAUCGAGCUCUGAUUCAGCCGUAUUUUGAUUAUUGUUCUCCCAUUUGGGGCGUCUGUGAUCAAAAUUUGAAAAAUAAACUCCAAAAAUUUCAAAAUCGCGCAGCCCGAAUCAUUGUCGGUGCAAGUUAUGAGAUUAGAUCUGCUGAUGUUCUUCAAUCUCUUGCUUGGGACAAUUUAGAGACAAGACGACGUACAACCAAAGCAAUAUUAAUGUUUAAAGUCUUGAAGGAUUACGUAGGACCUACGUUGAAAGAAUCCUUGAUAAGACGCAACCAUAUGCAAACAAAUUAUGAUCUUAGAAAUAGUCAUACAGAUUUGGCUCUUCCUAAGCCUAAAAGAGAAUUCCUAAAAAAGAGUUUUAAAUACAGUGGGGUUAAGCUAUGGAAUAGUCUCUCUAUCGAUACGAAACUGGCAGAAUCAAUGCAUCUGUUCAAAAGCCAUUUAAAACUUAACUCUAAUACUAUAUAUAUUUGAAAUAAAUUGUAACUCCGUCUAACCAUAACAUCUGGGGUCACACCAUUUUGUAAAUAGUCUUCUUUUCCCUUAUAUCUUUUGUAAUUUUUAACAUUGUAGACGCCCCCCGUGGAAACCAACGCACCGUUGACGGGGCUAGUGUCUUUAAAUAAAGUUUUAAUACAAUACAAAACGAACUCCCUACUGAGGUAAGCGAGAUUAAAUUAAAACUAAACCAACAUAUUGUCGAAACGAAAGCAGAGCUUCAACAAAUAAAGGAGAACUUUGCCGAACAGCUUGAUCAGCUAAAAGAACUGAGUUUGAAUGGUGGCACUAAAGUAACUGAAUAUCGUCUAACAAGCCUAGAUCAUGAAAACGCUACCCUUAGACAUGAAAACACGCAACUCAGGCGCGAAAACGACUCCUUGAAAGAAAGGUUUAACAAUCGUUCUUAUAUGGUAUCGGAUCUAAAUACGAAAAUCAAAAACAUUGAAGAUGAGAAAUUGAGCCUAGUCACUGCCCUUAAGCUGCUGCAAGAAGACAGCAAAUCUAUAUCAUUAAAUAACAGAGAUGCAACCCACAAUACAUGGCAUACCCCAGGGCAUAGAGCGAGAACUAAUGUACAUAACAUUUCUGCUAAUUAUGCAUGCCAAAAUAAAACUGCUCGAUCUGCAGCUGAUAUGAAUGCUCAAGAACCGGACAUAAUAACGCCAAAUGGAUUCGGUCUCCUGUCCACGGAACAUGACUCAGAUAAAGAAUCAGAAUCUAAUGACGGAAUUGACCCGAGUGAGUCUGGCACUUCGACUAUUAGACAAAGUAGGUCAAAUAAUUUAAACAUGGGGAUUCGAACAAACACGAUAGAAAACAAAGGAGAAAAGAAAGUCAAUCAACCCAAACUUCUAUUGAAUUUUCCAAGGGCAAGGCCAAAACCAACAAUAGAAAGCAUACAACAAAUGCAAAUUCAAACGAUUUGUUUCAAACAGGCUCAAAGAAUAAUAAGUCUGGCAAACUUGUUUUCAUCGCCGGGGACUCAAUUCUACAACAUGUUCACGGCUGGGACUUGUCUAACGAUAAACAACGUGUAUCUGUUAAGUCCUUUUCAGGGAGUAAAGCUGAAGAUAUGCAAGAUUACAUAAAACCAUUACUACGCAAAAAGCCCGACGAGAUAAUAUUGCAUGUAGGCACUAACAAUAUUAAAGAUAACUCCAAGACGGCAGAAGUAGUUGCUGCGGGUAUCUUAAACCUCGGAACCCAAAUAAAGGAUAGUCUACCAUGCACUAACGUAUGUAUAUCGGGCAUUAUUACCAGGAAAGAUAAAGCUAAUAUCCAGAACAAAAUUAAAACUGUAAAUGACAUUCUUAAACGGGUCUCUAACCAAAACAAAUGGACCUAUAUAGACAACACUAAUUUAGAUUAUACUUGCCUAAAUAGAGGUGGCCUACAUUUAAAUAGAAAGGGUAGUAGCACUCUUACUAGAAAUUAUAGUAAUCACUUUAGUCGUAAUUGAAAUAAGGCAUGGCCAGGUGCUGUAAGGUAUGCUCAAUUUAACCCAUAUUUCCCUGAUUUUAAGGGUUUCAAAAUGGGUAUGCUUAACAUAACCAGUUUACCUAAGCAUAUUGACGAAAUUAGGAUCAUAUUAGCCGAUGAAUGUCUCGAUAUUCUUGCAUUAAAUGAGACAAGAUUGGAUGAUACUAUUAAUAACCAGGAUAUGUACGGUAUAUAAGUAAUUAUGAUCUUAUUAGGGUCGAUCGCUCUAGAACAGGGGGAGGCGUCUGUUUAUUUGUGAAAACUUCCUUUAACUAUUUAGAACGAAAAGAUCUGACUAGAGAUAAUCUCGAAGCUAUAUGUGUUGAGAUUCGCAAACUUUCCACUGCACCAUUUAUUGUCGGUACUAUUUACAGACCUCCAAGUGCUUCUGUUGACUCUUUUGCCACAAUUGAGCAAUUAGUAAAAACAAUAGAUGAUGAAAAUAAAAAUUUUUUCAUACUUGGUGACUUAAAUGCUAACAUGCUUGACACCUCAAACAAUGCCACAAAGAAUUUAAAUUCAAUCAUGGAAUUAUAUCAAUUAUCGCAAACGAUAAACACACCCACCCGUGUGACCACGACCUCAUCCUCCCUAAUAGACGUUUGUCUUACUCCCACUCCAACUAAGUUAAUAACAUCACAAGUAAUACCGAUUGCCAUUAGUGAUCAUUACAUGAUCUUCGUUGUCCGUGAAAUAAAUAUCCAGCGCAAACAGAACAGUCACAAGAAAGUUUAAAUUCGUAAUUUAAAAUAUUUUAAUGCUGAGAGUUUUCAAGCUGACCUGUGUGGUCAGGAAUGGGAAUUAUUAGAUAACAAUCUCUGCGUUGAUAAGAUGUGGGACACAUGGAAAACACUUUUCGUACAAGUUCUUGAUAGGCAUGCCCCAAUCAGGGAAAAGAGAGUUAAAAGUAAACCAAAUGUUCCUUGGCUCACUAGUACAAUUAAAAAAACAAAUCCACGAACGCGAUCGCCUUAAAUCUCUUGCUAUUAGACAUAAAUCCGAAAAUUACUGGAACGCAUGCAAAGCCUCUAGAAAUCGCGUAACUGAUGCAUUGCGAGAAACAAAAGCAGCAUAUUAUAAAGGAGAAUUUAAGAAAGUCAAACAUGAUCCCAAACAAGCAUGGAAAACUGUGAAUAAAAUCCUAAGCCGUAAACAAGAAAGUAGAGAAAUAAAUUGUCUUGAAACACAGAGAGGACAAAUUUCACAUCCAACGGAGUUAGCGGAGUGUUUUAAUAAUUCACCAAUAUUGGUCCUGAUAUUGCCAAAAAUAUCGACAAUGGUGACAGAAAUUUCAAGGAUUACAUCAUGACAACAACUAGUAGCUUUAAUUUUCAAACAGUGUCUGAGUCGAACGUAUACAGACUUCUGUUAUCUCUAAAUCCUCGUAAAUCUACUGGAAUUGACAAAAUACCUGCCAAAAUUAUUCGCAUUGCUGCUCCGGUAAUUACAAACUCAUUGACAAAAAUUUUCAAUAUGGCCAUUAUAAGUUCAACUUGUUCCUUUUGAGUGGAAAAUAGCAAGAGUCACUCCCAUAUUUAAAAACGGCCCACGAAACUUAUUAAACAACUAUCGCCCCAUUUCUAUCCUCCCUGUAGUAAGUAAACUUUUUGAAAAAGUAUUAUACGAACAACUCCAUGAGUAUCUUGUUACACAGGAGUUGUUGUCCCCUCGUCAAUUUGGUUUCAGGAAGUUUCAUUCUACAGCCUCUGCUCUUUUAGAUAGUACAAAUGAAUGGUUUAUUAAUAUGGACCGUGGUUUGUUUAAUAUAGCUGUUUUUCUGGACUUACAAAAGGCGUUCGACACCAUAAAUAAUGACAUCCUCUUAACGAAACUUGAUCUUUAUGGCCUACAGAAGCCAUCAUUAAACCUUUUAGGAUCCUAUUUAGCGAAUAGAACCCAAAUGUGCUCCGUUAAUGGCGCUCUGUCGGGCACGAAGUUGGUUACAUGUGGAAUCCCUCAAGGUUCAAUUCUUGGCCCACUCUUAUUCUUGAUCUACAUUAAUGAUCUGCUUAACAGUUUGGAGUACUCGUCGACAAGAAUGUUUGCCGACGAUACGACUCUAACUGUAUCUGGCAAGUCAAUCCACGAUGUAGAGGUGGCCAUAAAUCAUGACCUUACGAACGUUAAACAAUGGCUUUCUGCAAAUAGAUUAUCUCUUAAUCUAGUCAAAACUGA